GUGCCGGAACCGCCUGUUAGUAACGGACCUGGAUCCGGUGUAGGAUUUAUAGGGAUUGCGUUGAGGGGCUAAAUUGGUGUAACGGGUGCCUUUAUCGAGGCAAGCUGCCAUCAUGGUGGAGGAAGUACAGAAGCACUCUGUCCACACUCUUGUAUUCAGGUCUUUAAAGAGGACUCAUGAUAUGUUUGUAGCUGACAAUGCAAAACCUGUAUUACUAGAUGAAAGGAGCCACAAAGUUAAGAUGGCAGUUAAACUCCGUACAGAGUAUGGUUCUGUGCUACAUAUGCCUGUAUUGAAAGAAUGUGCUCGAGAGAAGGGUUCUCAUGGUAUAGUAGAUUCCUACGGACAUAAACAAUACCUCCAAAAUCCAGGAGAAGAUAAUGAUUAUUUGAUAACAGGAACACAUCCGUAUCCUCCUGGACCUGGAGUGGCUUUGACUGCCGACACUAAAAUCCAGAGGAUGCCUAGUGAAUCAGCAGCUCAAUCUUUAGCUGUGGCACUGCCUCCUUCUCAAUCCAAAAUGGAAUCAAAUAGAACUGCUGCUGGCAUAGGUGAUAUAUAUAGACAUGCUGGAAUUCCUGAACGUUCACAGCCUCCAGGUUUGACUAUGGCUAUGAUGGAAGCUGGUGGGAAUAAAAAUUCUGCAUUAAUGGCAAAAAAGGCCCCAACAAUGCCAAAACCACAGUGGCAUCCACCAUGGAAGCUAUACAGAGUUAUCAGUGGACACUUGGGAUGGGUGAGAUGUAUUGCGGUUGAACCAGGAAAUCAGUGGUUUGUUACUGGAUCUGCUGACAGGACUAUAAAGAUUUGGGACCUUGCAAGUGGCAAAUUAAAACUAUCGUUAACAGGACAUAUUAGUACAGUUCGAGGUGUAAUAGUGAGUGGAAGAAGUCCUUACCUUUUCUCAUGUGGGGAAGAUAAACAGGUGAAAUGCUGGGAUCUUGAAUAUAAUAAGGUUAUUAGGCAUUAUCAUGGCCACCUAAGUGCUGUGUAUGGUUUGGAUUUGCACCCAACAAUAGAUGUGCUUGUAACAUGUAGCAGAGAUUCAACUGCACGUAUUUGGGAUGUAAGGACAAAAGCUAGUGUGCAUACAUUGUCAGGACACACAAACGCUGUGGCAACAGUGAAGUGCCAAGCAGCAGAGCCACAGAUUAUCACAGGAAGUCAUGAUACCACCAUACGUCUCUGGGACUUGGUAGCAGGAAAAACACGGGUCACUUUAACAAAUCACAAGAAAUCAGUUAGAGCAGUUGUCCUGCAUCCAAGACAGUACACAUUUGCAUCUGGGUCUCCAGAUAACAUUAAACAGUGGAAAUUCCCUGAUGGAAAUUUCAUCCAAAACCUUUCUGGCCAUAGUGCUAUUAUCAAUACGUUGUCUGUGAAUUCAGAUGGAGUCCUGGUUUCUGGAGCUGAUAAUGGUACAAUGCACCUUUGGGAUUGGAGAACUGGGUACAACUUCCAGAGGGUGCAUGCAGCUGUACAGCCUGGCUCUUUGGACAGUGAAUCUGGAAUAUUUGCUUGUGCAUUUGACCAAUCUGAAAGCAGACUUCUUACAGCUGAAGCCGAUAAAACUAUAAAAGUCUACAAAGAAGAUGAUUCUGCGACUGAAGAAACUCAUCCUGUUAGCUGGAAACCUGAAAUCAUCAAGAGAAAACGAUUUUAAUGAGACCAAACCUGCAUUGAUGUGCCAUAAUCCUGACUCUUUGUUACCGAGCCGAAACACUGCUAAAGUCAUUGCUUCAGUUUGCAGUUUUUAUAUUCUAUAUUUCUUUCCUCCAAGAGUUUAUCCUUUCUCUGAUCCUAGAAAACCAGCUGCAGCUGUUACACAUGUCUGAAGAAAUCAGAGUACAUUAAAUAGUAGUAGAGCGCUGUUGACUGUAAUCAUCAAAUGUUUGCAUGUCUUUCUGUGUGGACAGAAGGUAGUGCUCUUUUCCUUCUGCCUUUGAUAGAGAAGUAAUGUUUGAAAUUUUGAUGAUUUUUUAAAAACUUAUUUAGUACUCUGUCCUGGGAUUCUGAAUAGUUAAAAUGUCAAUGGAAAACAAAAGCCAUUGUAGUAAUGAUUAAUGUCCUUAAUACAAUGUGCUGCUUUGUCAAGGUGUAAUGCAAUAAAUUUCAUUCCCCUAAAAAAGGAAGACUGAACUGCAGUCUCAUAUGUUGGAUGUACAUCAUUCUGUUUGAGUCAUGGAUUUAUUUUUGCCUAUCCCAUAUUGGAAUCCACAUUAAAAUUUUAAUGAAACAGCCUUUUAAAAAUGACUUGAUGUUUGUCUCUUCCAUUUUUACAUUCUCAUUUACAAAAGUUUAAAAACAAAGUGAAUGUAAUACAUUGGAGAGGAUAUAGAAUACAUUUCUGAAACAGCAUACAGUAUGCUUUUCAGCUGAAAUAAAAAUGGCUUCGGGUAUGAGUGGACAUGGCUUUUACAUAUAGCGGCAAAAUGUUCCUUAUUUUUGUUUGUGAGUGUGGCCUAUCAUACAACACUGAAUGAAUCUUGCUUCUGGGUAGCAUGACCUCCAGGCAUAGCUUUUCAGAGUGAGAGGAGCUGGAAAAGUCACUGUUCACCUCUUUUCCUCUUUUGGACUUUGCUUACCAUUUGGAGAAUGUGCCCAAUAUGACUUGAAAUCGUAAGCUUUCUCUCCCCCACCGCACAUUAAUUUUCAUGUGAGUUGUAACAAACACAAGUUGGAUAUAAUUGCUAUAGUAUCUUUACUUAAAGUUUCUAAAAAUGUUAAAAAUAUGUAUUAUAUAUGCUUGUAUACAUUGACAUGUAAUAUUGUCAGUAGCAUGCUUGAUUUGUAAGGUACUUGUUAUUUCCAUAUAACAUCUGAAGCUAUUGAUGAGUAAGUUUUGAUAAAAGUAUGCAAAUGUUGUAGAGAGCUUUUGUUACAAAGAUCAUAUAUGUUACAGGCAUGUAAUAAUACAUUUUUAAGUACCUUAAAAAAUUUGGAGUAGUUUUCACUUUCCCUUAAUACCCUGACUCAGCUAUGGGUCAUAUGUAUAUGUAAAUGUAUAUAUAGCAAGAUAAUUGAUUACACUUAAUACCAAGUAGAACUACUUAGGAUUUUAUGGUACAAGUCUCUGUUAAAUGAAAUUACUACGUUGCAUCAGUAUAUUUUUAAAAAUCAGCCAGAGGCCAUAAGCCUAAAUAUAGUAUAUUGCAAAUAUA